AUGGCUGGUAGUAAGCUAAAGUUACGAUUGCCAGAUUAUUUUGACCCAAAUCCAUAAGAUAAAGUUGCCAUCAGAGUUUAAACAUUAAACAAGUACCCCUAGAUUCUUAUUACAUUACAAGAUGACAAUAAAAAGCCAUUGAAAACAGAAUAUUUGAUAUAUGCUACUUUCAUACCUAAUGAUGAAGGAUAAAUCAAUAACACUAACAUUAAAAACUUGAAUAUAUCAAAAAUUGAUAUUAGAUAAGCUUUCGGUUUAGAUGACUAAAUUAGUUUCAGCAAGAUAUCUCCUUUAGGCAUAAUCCAAUUUAAAUUCGAAAAAUCAAUAAAUUAAACUAUGGGCAAAACUUAACUUUUGCUCCUUAUUUAAAAUGCAAUAGAAAUUUCAACUGAUAAUCCAUUCAUUAAAUUAUAGCCAUCAGUAGAGAUAUAAAUCUACCUUAAAAAUCCAAGCUUAUUUAUAUUUAAGACCAUCAGUCCAGGCUACAUUUCAAUCCCACUAUCAAUUCAAAUAAAUCAAAAAGACUAUGAUAUCAUCUUAGGACUCGCCAAAUUUUUUAACUCUACAAUUCAUUUUAGUUGA